GAGAUCAGAAUACUUUGAUAAUAUCGAAGGUCUCGUGCAUUACUGCGUAUCAAUCAUGUGCUUCCUCCCAUAUGUGUACACAGAUACAGAAUCCCGAUCAGCUCUCAUAAACACGUCGAUAUACCUAUAUUUUAACUCGCUUUCCACAGUAAUCUGAUAAAUUCACUCGUUCGAUUGCGAAAUGACUGCCGUAGCGAGAAAUGUACCUAGUACAUCAUAUAAACCUCAUCCGACCGAAAGGAUGAAGGCUGCAAUGUGGAUGGGCAAGAGAAACAUAAAGCUCGGCAACGUUCCCAAACCUACGCUGACCGAUCCUGCCGAUGCCAUUGUGCAUAUCACACACUGCACAAUUUGCGGUUCAGAUCUGCACAUAUACGAAGGCGAGCUGGAUGAGGCCAUGUCAGAGGGAGAUAUUCUGGGGCAUGAAGCUAUUGGGAUCGUUGAGGAAAUUGGGGACCAGGUCAAGAACCUGAAGGUUGGCGACAGAGUUAUCAUUUUGCCAAUCAUCGCCUGUGGAACUUGUCAAUACUGUCAACGUCAAGAAUAUUCACUCUGCGAUAUGACAAAUCCAUCUAAGGAAAUGGAGGCUCUGUACGGACAUCGGAUUUCUGGGAUCUUCGGCUACUCGCAUAUCACAGGCGGUUAUGCCGGUGAUCAAGCAGAGUACUGUCGAGUUCCUAAUGCAGACCUAACAUGUGUGAAAGCGCCAAAAGAUGUCGACGCUAAGAAGUUACUCGGUCUUGCAGACGUGACCACCACCGCUUGGCACGGAUGCGAAUUAGCUGAGGUUGGCAAAGGAGAUAUUGUUGGCGUCUGGGGUUGCGGACCGGUCGGUCUCUCAAUACAAAAGCUGGCAAAGCUCCGUGGAGCCGCAAAGGUAUAUGCUGUGGACAAAGACCCUCACCGUCUUAAGAUAGCAGAGGAGUUCGGAAUGAUUCCUAUAAAUGCUGCUGAGCAUCAAGAGGUAGCGGACUAUAUUCUCUCGAUCCAGCCAAAUGGGCUUGAUCGUUCCAUCGAAGCGAGUGGGUUUCGCAGUACGAAUAAACCAGAUCACGAGGUGAUGAGAGCAUUGGGCCUAGAGAGGGAUAGCGGAGAUACCAUAACAGACAUCUUGAAAGCAACUCGUAAGUGUGGAAAUAUCGCCCUCAUAGGGGACUUUUUCUGCAGCACGAAUGAUUUCCCGAUUGGUACUUUGAUGGAGAAGUCGAUCACGAUUCGUGGAGGGCAAUUGACUGCACAGAAGUAUCAUCCGUUCCUACUAGAUUUGGUUACCGAAGGGAAGUAUGACCCUUCUUGGAUGUUCACUUAUGAGGAUGAGUUUGAAAAUAUAAGUGAGGACUACGAAAAGUUCUCAGAGCACAGGAUCCCGGGAGGUCUGAAAGUAUGCCUCGUCACUGAGUUUGGUCGCAGCCUGAAAUAAUGAAGAUAAAUUGCAAGGCAAGGGGUAAUUCUUCGGUUUGUGCUGUGACGGAAGUCGACUAGACAACUAGAUCAAAAAGGAGAACUCCUUAGAGGUUGGUCCUAGAUCUGACAUGCUGUAAUAUACGCAAAACCAACAGACUAUAUCCAUGUGUUUAAGUUUCAAGUAGAAUGACUACCUAAC